UUGAAGGUUUUGAAUCAAUUUGAUUAUUUGAAUCUUAGAUUUCCAUUUGCUUUCGACACUUUUUUGGGGAGCCCGAGAAGCUACCGUAAGGUGGGUGGAGGCUCAUUGACUUUCUGAAUAUUAACUUUUGACUGUAUUCUUUUAUAGUUAUCGAAACAUUCAAGGGUGUACAUCUGACAGCCUGCAACUAAAUCACAAUGUCGGCCCCAGCUCAGUCCGGAGGAGCCCAGCAAGCCGCUGCGGUAUCCAAGAAAUCCAAAAAGUCCGCGGAAAAUAUUAAUGCCCGACUAGCUUUGGUGAUGAAAUCUGGAAAGUUUGUUCUUGGAUACAAGCAGACUCUUAAAACUCUUCGUCAAGGAAAAGCCAAGCUUAUCAUUAUUGCUAACAAUACUCCAGCGCUCAGAAAAUCGGAGAUCGAGUACUAUGCCAUGCUAGCAAAAACCGGAGUCCAUCAUUACACGGGAAACAAUAUCGAGCUGGGCACCGCCUGCGGUAAAUACUUCCGAGUGGCUACGAUGAGCAUUACCGAUCCGGGAGAUUCUGAUAUUAUCAGAACGAUGCCUGGUGUUAUUGACAGCCGAGGAGAAUAAACCUGUUGUGUCAUGAUGUUCAAAAAUGGAAUAAAAGAAAAUGAACCGGAA